UCGAACUAAUCAAAAUGGCUGCGACUCGACGUGAAAACUCGUGAAUGACUGAGCACAACUUUAACAACAAUUAUGGAUCGACCCUCAGUUGAUCAAGUAAGGGCUAUCAUUGGUGCCCUGUACAAUGAUUCGGAUCCAAAUGGAAAAGAGAAAGCUUCAGAGUGGCUUCACGAACUUCAGCGCUCGGUUUAUGCUUGGGAAAUAGCUGACCAACUUUUAAGGUUAAACAUAAAUGUAGAAACAAGUUACUUUGCGGCUCAGACCAUGCGUACAAAGGUUCAAUAUUAUUUUUAUGAACUGCAACCAGCACAAUACCAGUCGCUUAAAGAUUCUCUUUUGGAUCAUCUAUGUACUCUUCAUUCUGUCUCUAAUGCUAUUGUAACUCAGUUAUGCCUAACCCUUGCUGAUCUUGCUGUACAAAUGCCACAGUGGAAGGAGGUUGUCAAUGAUCUCUGUCAGAGAUUUGGAUCAUCAGUGGAGAGACUACCUGUUCUUCUAGAAAUCUUAACAGUUCUUCCUGAAGAGGUGGGUAGUCAUCAUCUCAGAGUAGGUGCCAACAGAAGGGAAGAAGUAACCCAGGAACUUCGUGCCUCAGCAGCCACAGUCCUCAAUCUCCUUACAGCUUGUGUUAGCCAAUUUCCAACCGAUACAAAUGUAAAAAUUAGGAUGUUCCGUUGUGCUGGUAGCUGGGUGACCCUUAGUGCAUUUCCACCAAUAGAAUUUGUAAGCAGUGAUUUGUUGCAGUCAACUUUCAAAGUCUUGCAUGAGGCUGAUUGCAAUGACAUGUUACAUGAAGUAGCUGCAGACUUCAUUUGUAAUGCACUCUACACAUCUGAGAACCUUGACAAACAGGAAAAGCUUGCUGAAGGACUUUUUAACUAUGUGAUGAUGCUGCCACCAGCUUAUGAGAAAGCUGUGCAAAGUGAAGACUUUGAUCGCGCUCUCAAUAUCUGCAGAGUUUUUACUGAAAUGGGAGAAUCUUUCUUACCUGUGAUUGUCGAGUCACCUGGCAGGGGUCUUGGUGACUUAGGAACACUCACCAUUAUAUUAACAUGUGUAAAGCAUUAUCAAUAUGAGGUGGCAGAGGUAACAUUUAACUUCUGGUAUCGUCUAUCAGAAGCUUUGUAUAAGACGGAAGACGAAGCAAAGGCAGCCCUCUUUAGACCAUAUUUUGAAAGUUUACUUGAAGCGUUGUGCGUCCACUGCCGGUUAGAAACUGAUGCUCAAGGAAUCCCAGAUGACUGUGACGAGUUUGGAGAGUUUCGACUCAGGGUCGCGGAUCUCAUCAAGGAUUGUGUAUUUAUUGUAGGAUCAGGAAACUGUUUUAGUCAGAUGUACAACAGUAUUGUACAGCAAGGAGACGCAGUUCCUUGGGAAUCAACGGAAGCCAUCCUGUUUGUGAUGUCAACAGUGGCAAGAAAUGUACCACCGAAUUUUGAGGUGGUUGGUCACGUUCUACCCGUAGUGUUAAACUUACCAUCAAGCUUACAUGUGGCUGUGAGACACACAAGCAUUAAACUUGUUGGUGAGCUGGCAGAAUGGAUAAAAACACAUCCGGAUUAUCUUGAUCCCAUACUUCAGUUCUUGUUGUCAACUGUUCAAGAUCCCAAACUAUCGUCAGUGUCAGCCUUAGCUAUUGAAAGCCUUUGUAUGGCUUGUCAUUCACAAAUGACAAAAUAUUUCGACGUUUUAGCUCAGGUGGUAGUAGCAGCCGAUUCGCUUUCCAUCUCAAGUGAUUCUUAUAUUGGACUCUUGAAAGGAGUGUGUAAAGUUUUAGAAGGGAUAGAGUCAAAACAACUUUCCGAAGGUUUAAAUUCUAUCUGCGGAAUACAUGUGACGUCACUUAAACAGAUUCUAUCUGCUCCUGCGAACUCGUAUCCAGAUCCCACUCUGUGGCUGGACAGACUGGCUGCUACGUUUAGAUAUGUUAAUCCAAAAAUAGAAAAUGGUACGGUACACCCAGCUCUUACAGUCGUAGAGGAGGUGUGGCCAAUACUUUCCAACAUCUGUGAUAAGUACAGAGGGGACCUGAAGAUUAUCGAGAGAUGUUGUAGAUGUAUUAGAUUCGCAAUUCGCUGUCUUGGCAAAUCAGCAAUCAAUUUACUCUCUCCAUUGGUCUCCCAGAUGGUGAGCGUGUACGGUACCAAUCCCCACUCUUGCUUUCUGUACCUGGGAAGCAUUUUAGUUGAUGAAUAUGGUGACGAGGCUGGAUGUGUUCCUGGACUAAUAGGCAUGACUAUGGCUUUCUGUGGUCCAGCAUUUCAACUUUUAAGCCAAGACAAAGGAAUGAUUGAACAUCCCGACACUAUCGAUGACUUGUUUAGAUUGUGCGGCAGAUGUCUUCAGAAGUGUCCUGUGGCUUUUCUAAAGUGCGAUGUUGCAGUCCCUGCUAUCCAGUGUGCCAUAGUGGCAAGUACAUUAGAACACAGAGACGCAAAUUUGUCAGUUAUGAAAUUCCUUAAAAGUCUGGUCAGCUGUGCCACAGAAAAGUCUCGGAAUGAUAUUCAAGAGAGGCUUACUUUAGUUCAGAAGAUCCUUACAGUUCACGGGCAAAAUAUAAUGACCGGUCUUAUUCAAGCAUGCGCAGGAGCCAUACCAUCUUACAUGGUGGUGGAUGUAUCUGAAGUGUUAUGGGAAUUUAUUACUUUUUGUCCAGAGGAGACAUCGAAGUGGGUUGAGGUUGCGCUUCAGUCUAUUCAAACCCAGAUUGUUCCCGGUAGUUUCAUAGCAACUCCUCAACAACUUUACGAGUUUCACAACGCCUUGAUAGGAUCUUCAAAUCAGGAUGCCGUUUGGAAAGCUUCCAAGCGCUUUUCGCGCCUGUUCAGAUGAAACCAAUCCAAAUCGAAGGAAAGGAAGUCGAGUGCAGUUUCAAAAAUGCAGCAGAUGACGUCAACAGAAAUCGAACCCAGUCAGCAACAAUGUGUCAUUGCCGAGAGCUCUACACGGAGCCUGAGUUGUAAUUACGUUCAAUAGCAAGAACAGCAGAGAAACUUGUUUCGACAAAAUUGAGGAAACAUCAAUCUGAGGUGGACAUUUUACUGAAGAGACGUCAUGCAUUUUAUGUAAAUCCUCGGGAAGAUCUGAAAGCAAGGACUCUUCGCGAUAAAGAUUCAUCAUUUAUUUACAUUUAAACCGAUAACGCACAUAUGUGGCUUAUCAGGAGGAACCACUUAUGCCGGAUGGUUUUAAGUGACACGAAAGAACAGUUGAAUCGUAUUUUUAGAGAUGCCUAGAGGGCAUGUUUUACUUUCUAAAUUUAACGUCUUUUUUUUCUGCUGGCUUUGGGAAUGUUUUACUGGACCUUCUUAAAUUGAACUAAAUUUAGCUAAAUUUCCUUCCUUCAGUAAACUGGAAUUUACCUGUUUAUUUAUUCAUUCUUUAUACACUGUCCUCGAUUGCCGUUCCUUUGCGACAAUGUUUAAUUAUUUUUUAAUUUCAACUGACCUGUUUUAGUAAACUGCAUGGCUUUCACCUAAUACAGAGGUAUUCGGUGAAAUAUGAGCGAUAUUAAUUAAAAAUUAGUGAUAAUCUGAAAAGUACGGAGGGCUUGUAGGCUUGGUAUUCACCAAAUGAUUCUUCUAAGAGCCCUUUUAACUAGAAUGGCACAAUUUCUGAUAUCAUACCUCACUGCUCUUUGCUUUGUAAAUGUUUCGAGUAAACGGGUCAGGAUGAUACUUGAAAA